AUGCCUGUCAGCGGUCACCUGGUCCGCCGCAGCGCUGAGCUCGUCGCGAGCUUCAAAGAUGGACCCGCCAUGAAAGUCGAAUUCGCCCCAUGGCUGAUCUUUUUGGUUCUUGGUCUCGGCCUGAUUCUGGGCCUGGCUCUGAUGACUGUCGAGUACACUUACGGUGGAGUGGUUGCGACUCUUGCCGCCGUCGAGGACUCCAACCCCGACAUCUAUGUCCGCAUCGACCAACAGGAUCCCACCAAGCCUUUUGAUCCUAAUGAGCCCGAACUGGCCGACUCGGCUCGCCCUCAGCCCAUUACCAGUGGCUUGCGAUCCACUACCAAGCACCUCCGCGCCCGUGCUGGCUUCUGGUCACGCUUCCGGGGUCUGUCCAUCUACCUGGCCUUCAUGUUCGCCGAUGGCUUCCUUUCUUUGAUCUUCCCGAUUCCAACCGGGUCCUUCUUUGGCCAGUUCUUCGUCCAAUUCUUCAUCAGCAUGCUCCUUGCAACCUGGCAGAUGGCCUGGGUUCACAUCGUCAUCUCCGAGCCCUCCCCCAAGCGCUUCUACCAACGCAUCCCCAGCUACCGCAAGUGGAUCCGCAUUGCCCCAGCAGUCGCCCUUGAGACAGCACUGACCUAUGCAACCUUCCUCCUACCGAUGGCCGUGGCCCAGCUGGCUGGCUGGACCGAAGUUGCCCAAGACCCUAACCACCCGGACCAGACCACUCGCAAGGAAUUCAUCCGCUUCCUUAGCAUCAGCGCUCUCCCGGCACUUCUCUCUCUGGCAAUUUCUAUCCCCGCUCGUGUGAUCUUCAUUCGUGUUGCCGCUUCCAUGCUGCCUGAGGAGGAUGAGUCCAUUGUGCCCUUUGACCGCUCCUUCGGCGGCAAGGUCCAGCCCGAGAUCGUGGGUGGCAGUGGUAAGAUCGGUCUCAUGGACGCCUGGACUACCUUUGACUGGAAUGCCCGUGUUCGGUUCGUCAAGGUGGUGGUCAAGACCGCGAUGAUCGAAGCCGCCCUGAUGUUCGUGGGUGUUUCCGCCAUCGUUGGCGUCAUGUGGGGACUGGGACCCCGAGGCAUGUCGAUGGCACCUGCUGACGGAUCUUUGUAA